AUUAUUAAAAAUAUGCAUAUGCUUGCUUGAGUUGGAAAUAUUAUGGAACAGCAUCCUGAGAAUAAAAAAAUAAGGUCUAAAACUACAACUAAGGCCAACAACAAUCGUAACCACAAAAAGAAACCUCCUCCAAAAGUAAACAAAAGGCAAAACGACAUUUACAUCACAACAAAAUCUAAUUUUAAGGCACAACAAAAACAUUGUGAAGAUCUUUUAAACGCCGGUAUAAAGGAAAUAUAUUUACAUUGCCUGGGAAACGCAAUUUUACGAGGUCUUAAUUUGGCAUCAAGCUUAGUUAAAAAUUCAAAUGAUGCCCUUACAUAUGCUAUAAACACUUCAACUAUACAUUUAAUAGAUGAAUAUCAUCCACUGUGUGAUGCCGACGAUAUUUCAAUUCAACGAAGAAAUAAUUCAGCAGUUCACAUUAAAAUUAUUCGAAAUUCGGUGUAUGACGUAGAUGUUGCCAUUUCAAUUUAAAAAAAAAAUCCACA